CCUUAAUUGGGUUCUCAUACCUGACAGAAGUGAAACGGGUGUUCUGAUCGGAGGUGGUGGGUGGUGACUUGAGAUUGGCUGGGAGCCUGAAGUGGGGUGAAUGAAGAGCACAGAGCCUCGUGGGAGGCGAGGAUAAGGGGGUGCAGAGGCCAGAUCCCACAGGCCAGGAGAGGCUGGAACUAAGGGCUUGGGCUUGACACGUUACAGCAGGGGCCUCACAUAUUCUAUUAGGUUGGUGGCAAAAGUAAUUGCGGUUUUUGCCAUUAAUAUGUUAAUUGCCAUUAAAUGUUAAUUUGUACCAAAUACCUGUCUGGACCCUUGGUGUCCUCCUUGUAAAUGGUGUGGUCUGGGUGCCUCCAUGUUGAAACAUUCGAUAAAAACCAGUGAUGUCCCCAUCUCAAGUGCUGGGCUGUGUGUACAUCUUCCCUCUGCCUCUCCCCACAGGCCUCCACCGCUACGUCUGGCUGGUUUACGAGCAGGCCAGGCCGCUAAAGUGUGACGAGCCCAUCCUCAGCAACCGAUCUGGAGACCACCGUGGCAAAUUCAAGGUGGCGUCCUUCCGUAAAAAGUACGAGCUCGGGGCCCCGGUGGCCGGCGCGUGUUACCAGGCCGAGUGGGACGACUAUGUGCCCAAACUGUACGAGCAGCUGUCUGGGAAGUAGGGGGUUAGGUUGGGGAUCUGAAGUGUCCUGGAGGCCCCAAGCCCUGUUCCCUAGUUCAGUGUUGCAUGUAUAAUAGAUUUCUCCUCUUCCUGUCCCCCUUGGCACAGACGACACCUGACCAGUCAGAUGGUGUUUGAGGGUGACUUUUCCUGCUGCCUGACCUUUCUAAUUUUACUCACUCACUCUGAUUUAUGUUUUGAUCAAAUUUGAACUUCGUUUUGGGGGAUAUGUUGGUACUGUGAUGGGGUCAUCAAAUUGUUCAUCUGAAAAUAGCAACCCAGAAUGUAAAAAAGAAAAAGUUGGGGGGGUGGGGAAAGACCAGUUCUACAGUGACAGAGCAAAGCGUCAAAUAAUCUUUAAGGGAGGUUAAAAAAAAAAAAAAAAGAUUGGUUGCCUCUGCCUUUGUGAACCUGAGUCCAGAAUGGUACACAAUGUGCUUUUAUGGUGAUGUCGCUCACCUAGACAAGCAGAGGCUGGCACUGAGGCUGACCCCCAACACGGUACAUCUCAGAUGCCACGACAGGCAUCAGCAUGUCGCUGUGCCCCCUUUAAAGAGCAGUCCUGGAAGAGGCAGGAGGAAGAGUAGCUUUGCUGCCGUUGGGACGUGGCCAUGGAGACCAGCAGCAGUGCUCGCUGACAGCUUAGGAGGAAUCCUUACAUCUUUGUCUGUUAAAUUGAUCGUUCUCAUGGGGGUCAGAAAAGCUGGUCUGGAAUUGCUGAAUGUUGCAUUAAUUGUGCUGUUUGCUUAUAGUUGAAUAAAAAUAGAAACCUGAAUGGAG